AUGGAAUUGAGCAAGCUCACAGUUAGAGAGUUGAGGGAACAGUUGACCGCCAAGGGUUUGUCCGCCACUGGAUUGAAAGCCGAGUUGGUUAAGCGUCUACAGGUGGCCAACACCACCACCACCAAGACUGUAAAGAAGACUACUACCACUCCAAAGGAGACCGUAAAGAAGGUUGCCACCGCUUCAAAAUCAAAGGUCACCGCCAAGGCAAAGGCUGCCAAGUCCACCACUACCACCAGGAUGUCAACUCGUCGAACCAAGGUCGUGGAGCCCGAGGAAGAGGAGGAAGAGGAAGAGGAAGAGGAAGAGGAAGAGGAAGAGGAAGAGCAAGUGAUGGAGGUAGAAGAAGAGGAAGCUGAGGUCGAACAGGAGGACGACAAAGAGAUGGAGAAGGAAGAAGAAGAGGAGGAGGAAGAGGAGGUGGUGGUGGCCAAGCCCAAGGGCAAGAAGGGCAAGGAUGACUCGUAUAUCAAUGCUAUUGGUAGAGAGACGUUGCUCAAGGCAGACGAGGGAGUGGACAAGUUGGCAAUAACAGAUUCGGUGAUGGUCCAAAGGUUCACAUCGGAGACGAUCGGUUGUCAUGGUCAAUGGUUGGUGGCGCCCGCCAAGAAGAUGAUGGCACAUCUCUUCUCAGAUCUCCGAGGUCUUAUACUCGACACAUUGUUCGAACUCGCGCUAACCAAGUUUGGCGACGAGAAGACAAUCUACAUCACGACCGCCGCCGUGCGCGAGGUGUCGCAGGACCUCUUUGGCGACCUGGCCGCCAACGUGGACCAGGAGUGGGGCGACAAGACGAUCACCAACAGAUGGAAGCCACCAGCAAGGGAUCAGUCGAGCCGUGUGGACCGCGACUACCUUGUAAAGGUGGCCAAAACAAUGAUAAAGAAGCAUGCCAAGAAGAAUGAGGUGAUCAUCACACGUGAUGCCUACAUCCUGAUCGCCUUGGCCAUGGACAUUAUCCUGUCAUUCGUCUACGCCGAGAUCUCUGGCAAGAAGUUCAUCUCGCCAUCCGACAUCAAGACCAAAGUAGUCAACAAAGGUACCUGCUCACACAUCUUCAAGCAGUUCAAUCGCAACUAUGGCAAGUUCAAGAACUACACCAAGGAUGAGAUUGCUGAGCGCGGUGAGAAGAAUCGCUACAAACGUUAUGACGACUACUGA